AAGAAAUGUCCCCACUCAAACCCUAAAAAAGGGAAUCACAAAUAUAAAUUACACAUAGAUGAAUUAUAGACGCGUAUACACAUGAGGAGAUGAGAGUGAGAAUUAUACAAAUAUACAGAAAUCAUAAAAAGAACCAAUACUCCUUUUCUUUUUCUCGUUAAAAAAAGCAUUUUCUUUCCUUUAAUUUGUCUUUGUUCUCCUUCUCUCUUCUCACUUUCCUUUUUGAUUUUGUGCUCUCUUCGCAUUUCUCUUUGGUCGUCGUCUUGCUUCCUCUCUUUCGUUUCGCCCUUUUUUUUGAUUCCCCCACCAAGUUUUUCCUUGGAGUUCUUUCCCCUAAAGAUCCAUCAAACUUUAUUAAAGAAGUAAGAAGAAAGAGAUAAUAAAGGGUAUACAAGAACAAUGGUUUUCUCGUCCAAUUGGUCACAGCCUACGAAUUUGAAUCAUCAGCAUCAUCAUCAACAUCAACAUCAAAUUCACGAAAAUGGAAAUAUAGUGAGUGACCACGGACUACUCUCUCACCAACUUCCACCUCUCCCACCAAACCCUAACCCUAACCAUCACCAUGCCGCUAUCUCCAGUGGUCUUCCGGCGAGGCUGGGUGGAUCAAUGGCGGAGAGAGCGAGGCAGGCCAAAGCUCCUCCGCCUGAUGGAGCCCUAAAGUGUCCUCGAUGUGACUCCAUCAACACUAAGUUUUGUUACUACAACAACUACAACCUCAGUCAGCCUCGCCACUUCUGCAAAGCUUGUCGCCGAUACUGGACACGUGGCGGCGCCCUGAGGAACGUCCCCGUCGGAGGAGGCUGCCGGAAGAAUAACAAGAAGGGCAAAAAUGGAAAUUCAAAAUCUUCUUCUACGCCGUCCAAACAGUCUUCUUCCACGGUUAACGCUCCAAGUCCCAGCUCAGGACAGCUAAGGACAAACCAUCAGUUCCCCUUUUUACCAACUCUUCACAAUCUCACUCAACUUGGAGGUAUCGGUUUGAACUUAGCUGCCACUAAUGGCAACAACCAAGCUCAACAGAUGGGUUCGAGUUUGAUGAAUGAUCUAGGGUUUCUUCACGUCGGAAAUGGACGAAACACUUCAGCUCCGAUUAACGGAAACAUACAUGACAACAAUGAAAACAACUUAAUGGCGUCCGCUGGAUCGCUGAGCCACUUCGCUCUCUUCGAUCCAACGACGGCGCUAUACCCUUUCCAGAACGAGGGCAAUAUCGGAAACAACGUCGGAAUAUCUUUUUCCUCUACUUCCAUGGUUGAUUCUAGAGCUUACGAGACAGCUCCGGUGAAGAUGGAAGAACAACCCAAUUUGGCUAACUUUUCUAGACCGGUCUCCGGUAUGACGUCUCCUGGGAAUCAAACAAAUCAGUACUUUUGGAACAAUUCGGAUUUCUCGGGUCCUUCUUCUAACGAUCAUCACCAACUCUUGUGAGAUUUUGUGUUUUGUUGGAUCAUUAAUCGUGGAGAUUGAUUUAAAUGACUACGAACGGUCAGGAUCAAAUGCAUGCAGAUCCAGAGUACGUGUGCCGAUGAUCGUGGAGAUGUUCUGAAACAAACUUAAAGGUACCUUUAUUAGAGUCUGUGGUUCUACAACUUAAGAUCGAUACUUAUUUAUAUAUAGACAUUCAGGUGUGCCAUAUAAUAUCUGUUUUGUAUUGUGUGUGGUUUUCAUGGUUGAUCUGAUAAUGAAGUUGCUAUGUCUCUAUGAAUUUGUGGCGUGUGUGUAACAGUCCAAUUUAUAUACUCUUUUAACUAAAUCCUAUUGAAC